GACUUCUGAUGGUUGGCAGUUCGUAAACGGCUUGAUUGUUGGACGAUAUGACCCAUGUGCAGUGACUUUGAAUGGCAAAAUCUACAUAAUGAGCGGAAUAAAUGGCGACAAUGACUAUAUAAAAUCCGUCGAAUGCUACAACCCAGUUUCGAAUGCCUGGACUUCUUGCGCGGACAUGAUAGAACGUCACACUUUUUCUGUUGAACUACUACUACCGAAGAAGCAUAAUUGGAAGAGCUUGAUAAAUAUGCGAUUUACAAGACCACGUGGGAUUAGUGCUGCAAAUUGUGGUGAGAAAACAUUGCUGGCGGUUUGCGGGAAUGAGAUUUAUCCCAAGCUGCUACAAUAUAGCAAAGCUGAGGAUAAGUGGCAGGAAUAUGCGAGUAUAAGCUGGAAUAUUCGAAAUAAGACAUGGCGAAAUUUGGCCGCCAUGAACCAAAAAAGAUUCAGACACUGCGUUGUCGAAUUGGAUGGAAAAAUCUACGCGAUUGGUGGUCUUGAUAUUGGAAAGACUCUAUCGUCAGUGGAAAGAUAUACGACUUCUGAUGGUUGGCAGUUCGUAAACGGCUUGAUUGUUGGACGAUAUGACCCAUGUGCAGUGACUUUGAAUGGCAAAAUCUACAUAAUGAGCGGAAUAAAUGGCGACAAUGACUAUAUAAAAUCCGUCGAAUGCUACAAUCCGGAUUCGAAUACUAGGACUUUUUGCGCGGAUAUGGCAAAAUGUCACAGUUUACCUGGUGUAAGUUAA